AUGAUGGACCUGGAGCCACCUGGAAAGUUACCAGAGGCCGUCCGCCAGGCCGCGCAGGACGGCGAUAUAGAGACGGUCAACGCUUGGUUGAGGAGGGAGCCGGACGUUCAUGCACAGGAUGAGUAUGGUCGGCCUCUCAUCUAUUCGGUCGUGCGCGGUACAAUCAAUGCACCAAAAGUCGACUUGGCUCGAAGACUACUGGCUCUCGGCGCCGACGUGCAAUCCUGCAAUCCCGCUAAUGGGGUCACCCUGCUACAUGUCGCCUCUUGCGGAUCAGGUGAGCAGGCGUCGGAGAUGGUGCGACUGCUUCUGUUGGCUGGAGCCGACGUAAACGCUAGACUUCGCUUCGGCGGGAUAACUCCAAUGGGUUAUUUCCCGGGCUAUGCGUAUCGUGACACGGAAAGAGUGCUCGGCCAUAACCUGCUGGUCAUAUGCAAGCUUCUGUUGCGCGCGGGCGCGUCCAUAGAUGAUGUCCAUAACAGAACGGAUUGGGAACCAGACACAUCGAUGGAAGCUGUGUUACAACAAAAAGCGCAACCGGCCGACGACGAACAGUGGCUCGCGGUCAAACGCUUCGUCGCCGACGUCCGCGCUUCGGGGGGGACCUACCGCUCCUACCUCCACGAGCACCGCAAGCAGGUGCUCGUGCUGCGGUGCCUCGCGACAAAGGGGCGCGCGCAGACGACCGACCCCGUCAUGAAUUUCCUCGUGAAGUUGGGGGACAACGGAGUCAUCUGGACGGUCCUGAGCUUCUGGCCGCCGCCGCCGUAG